UCGAUGCUCUCUGUCCAGGGAUCCGCAUCCAUUCGCAAGUUCCCUGAGGGGCAUCCUGCUCCGGAUCCUUGUCGAUGCACCAAGCGUGCCCAGAACAAAGCAGCGUUGCGUGCCCAUUGCUUCUCAGAGCAUUCCUUCCUUUCGGUUCGUGCUUGGUAUGGAAGAACAUUGAAGAGAGUUGGUGAGCUGCGGCCGACCACUGUGCAGAUAGCGUACUGCUGCGUGUGAUUGUGGGAGGCCGGCCGAUGAGAAGCAUGGAAAAGCUGUUCGUGACCAUCCUGCUUGGCAUAUACACUUUCCGCAAUGCCGGAGCUGUGAAAAUAGGUGUUAUACUUAAACCAGAUUUGAACAUAGUACAAUCAGCGUAUGAAGGCGUCAUGUAUAACUACAGCAACAGCAAUGUUGCUCAGGAGAUCAAAUUCAAGGUGAAGACCAACUUUGCUACCCUAGAAGACACUGACCUUUUCUCCACCAGCAGAACACUGUGCGAGCAGCUGCGCACCAACGUAACGACAGUGGUGGUGUCAAGCACGUCGCACUCGUCACUGGCGCUACAGUCGUUGUUCAAGAACACGAACGUGCCGUACGUGGCCACCUCGUACCAGGAGCACUGCAGCGUCAACGUGGGCGGCAACCUGAACCUGCCGUCGGCCGACUCCCUCGGCGUCUCGCUGCUGCCCGACUACUUGCCGGCUGUCGCAGAGAUGCUCGAUCACAUGCGCUGGCCGGCCUUCAUCUACGUGUACGACUCGGAGAACGGGCCCUCGAAGCUGCAGCGGCUGCUGAGCCACACGUACCGUGAGGCGGUGACGGUGCGCUUCGUCAAGCGCAUCACGAACAGCAGCGACGCCAACGACUUCCUUCGCAUGCUGGAGACCACAGACCGUGAGAGCCGCAAACACGUGCUGCUCGACUGCCGCUUCGACGUGGCACGCAGAAUCAUCGUGGACCACGUGCGCGACAUUUACAUGGGACGCCGAAACUACCACUUCUUCCUCAUCAAUCCGGUUGUUAACGAGCUGACGUACGACAAGAUUCCCGAGUUCGCUGCAGUGAACAUCACUGCGUUGCGUCUGGUCAGCGAGGACGUUUCGCAGCAGUCGUCCAUGGAUCCCUCGCAAGAGCCCCGCGAAAAAAGAAUCACGCUAGAAGAGGCACUCAUUCAAGACGCGGCAUCUCUGAUAGUGGAGACUUACAAGGAUCUGAAGCUUCGAAGCGUGGUGCCGCACCGGUAUUCGUACAUCUUUGAGGACCACGAUGACGACGAGUCCCUCAGGAGAGGUCCGUCUGCGGCGUUGCAACCUCCGCGGCUCGAAGCCGAGCUGCUUGAGGAAGCCGCUGCCGAGUCGAUGCCGCAGUCGGACGCGCCGCACCAAGGCUGCGGAGAGCGGCCGUCGGUGCCGCAAGAGCUCGGCGAGAUCAUCACUAAACACCUUCGAGGGAGAAGUUUCCAAGGCCUGACUGGUCCUAUUCGUUUCACAAAUGACGGAUGCAGGAUUGACUACAAAGUGCACAUCGUUCAGCUGAACACAACAAAUGAGGCGUUCAAGGUGGCAGAGUGGUCGGACACAAAGGCCUUCGAAGCAGUUUUGAAACCCCUCAAACCUUUGGUGAAUGUUACGGAGGAACUGAAUAGAGACCGCCUCUACGUGGUGCACAGUGUUCUGGACAAGCCGUACCUUAUGGUGAAGGACUCCCCUAGCGAGCCCGAACUCACUGGCAAUGAUCGCUACGAAGGUUUCUGCAAAGAUCUGAUGGACGCCAUCGCCAAGGAGCUCGAGAUUAAGUACGAAUUGAAGGCAGCUGAGGAGACUGUCUACGGUCGUCGAGACCACAAGGUUCAAGGCGGUUGGACGGGGCUUAUCGGACAAGUAGUGAGGAAGGAAGUGGACAUGGGAGUGGCCGCCACCUUGGUGACGGCCGAGCGUCGCGAGGCGGUGGAUUUCAGCCUGCCCUUCCUGGAGACGGCCACCGCGGCGCUGGUGGUGCGCACCGAGCCCGUGCUUGGCCGCGGCAUGCUCACCUUCCUGGCGCCCUUCUCGUUCGAGUUGUGGAUCUUCUUCGUGUCCGGUCUCGCCAUCGUCAUGGUCGUCAUGUUUCUCGUCAGCUUCUUCACGGCGCGCGCAUCUGCCGCGGCCGACAAGCCAGGAGUCGAACGACACACGUCGGGCGCGCUCUUCAAAAGCCUUUGCUACACGCUCGAGGCCUUCACGCCGCAUUACAUUGACUCGUAUUACGCAAGGUCCAUCGGCGGACGGCUGAUCGGCAACGUGUGGUGGCUGUUUGUGGUGUUCGUGUUUUCCGCCUACACGGCCAGCCUCGUGCCAUUCCUCUCGACCGAGACGAUGCCCCGACUGCUGGCCAACGUUGACGACCUCGCCGAUCAGACAGUGGUCGAGUACGGAUUCACCAGGCAGUCGUCCGCCAGGAAGUACUUCGAGAACCCGAACCUGAACUCUAGCGUGCACAAGCGCAUGUGGGAAAUGAUGAACAGUAAGCCGGACGUGUUCACCGCCUCAGACAGUCAAGGCGUGGAGCGGGUACGUUCUUCGAGAGGCCGAUACGCCUUCUUCAUGGACGCCAACAAAGCGGAGUACAUUAGCAACCAACGACCCUGCGACACGGCCACGCUGGGUGAGCCUUUCGGCCGACGAAACUUCGCCGUGGCUCUGCCCAAAGACUCGAUGCUCAGGAAGCCUCUGGAUGAAGCAAUUGCCAAGCUGACAGAAAGUGGGGAGCUGUUAAAACUAAAGAAAAAGUGGUGGUCUGGAAAAUCCGUUUGUCAAGAAUUUUUGAGAAAGGAUGGUCUUGUCAUGACGUUAGAAAAUUUCCUGGGUGUAUUCUUCAUUCUUGGCGGCGGUGUGGCACUUGGCCUCCUUGUGGGAUUCAUCGAGAUAGUGUACCGCGCAUGUGCGCGGAGUUCUUCAUGCGGCAAGGGCGAAGAUGCAGCACCUUCAGAAGAAGCUCAGAUACCCGAAAAGGAGUACAUCGACCAACCACUCGCUCGCGCGUAAUUUGCAGGUUGGUGGUUGCGCAGCGGAGACUGGAAUCUGCGAUGCCACCGAAGCCCGCACUUAUCGUGUAUGAAACAUAGCGGAAUUCUACUCAGUGUUGUACGAGCGAGCAUUUCAUCCACAACUUUCUUCACACUUGCAUUCCCUGUUCACACCUACUAUGCGUGUUCUUUUAUUUUACUUUCAGAGGGAACCACACAUGAAAAUGACAACCCUCAAGUUAACCUUGAAGCACUUUUAACACGAACAUUAUUUUACAAAUGAGAUUGCAAAAUUUCAAAAGCUCGUUUGUGCUUUAGAAAGCCUUUUGCAUUGGCAGGAGAAAAAUUCGACAGAGGUGUAGAUCAACGUGGGUGUACGUGGCGCACUGUGAGGUGUGUUUCAUUCAAUCUUUAUUCGUUAAGAUAAUGCACUUAUCUGUUCUCCUGUAACCGGUAUUAUAACGCUUAAACAAGGCACAUUGUUUUUUUUUUCUAGUGUGACCUUAAGCAAUUCCUUCCUCUCGUCUCGCUCUGACAUUCCAGUCAAUUCUUUUCCAGAUAACUUAUUAAUCUCGUGACUGAAGCUGCCAACGGUAUGAAGAUAUAUAAACUUCAUCUUUUUAUACAGAGUUUCUCAAAUGGGAGACCAGUACUUGAUGGUCAAAUGCUCACAAAGUGUUGAACAAGUUUUCAUCCACAGAGUUCGUAGCUGUUUGUGUGUUGUGUGAUUGAAAAGUGAAAUGGUAUAUAUCGGUAUCAUGUAGCAUAUACAUCUUUGGCAUGUUUCACUAAAGACGAAAACAACGCUCCGCUACUUACGCGCCGUUUCCAUUAAUUCUGCUGUUCCAUCGUUAGUAACUAUUGAUUCACUUGCUUUUUUGUCAUUCAUGUAUCGUACAAAACACGAACCUCAUUUUCACUCAUACUAGAAAAGAAUUAGGGCACAUACGACAUUACUGCAAAACUUUGUUUACGACCAGGGUUAACAUUUACUUCAUUUUUAUUUUUGAGAAAACCCACAAGCGUUCAGUUUUAAUUAUAAAAGUCUUGCACUCAUUCGGAUAUGACAUCCACGAACGUCGACGUGUGUGCGCAAAACCUUUGAAUGUCUGAGUCAUUUACUAAAACACAGAAUCUUUUGUAACAAUGUUCUAUCAACACUGCCAAUAUUACCAUCUGCGAGUUGAAGUUCGCAUGAUGUUUUUUUUUUUACUUAUGAGUAUUAUGUGGCAUCUUCGUCAGCCUAUUUGGAAGAACAAUUCGGCACAUAAAUUUAGCGGCCGUCAAAGGACAGUGAGCACUCUAUUGGUGUGCAUAAAAAAGUUUGUUCAACCAGCCAACGUCCUUGCUCUUCAUUUGAAUUUCACUUGUUUUUGAAAGUCAAGCAGCUCGAACAGCGCGCCCAACUAAAAAUUAAAAAUAUUACUCGGUAUUCAUUACUUAUGAGAGCCAUAAACUAUUCGGGUAAAUAAAGAGAAUUCAAUA